AUGAAGAUGAGUCUCAAGGUAUUGCUGGUCGUCUUUUUCAUAUCGAGGCCGGUCAGUGUGUCCAGUGAGCACAAGAGAUAUGCCAAAGACGGUGAUUUCGUCGGAUGCUUUUCCCAAAGCUGCCUGAUCUCCGAUUUCAACUUGCAGAGCACAGUUCACAUGACGCCAGAUCUAUGUACCAAUGGUUGCAAGGACAGAAAGUUCCCGUAUGCAGCGGUGUUCAAUUUCACGGAAUGCUCUUGUGCUUGUGAGCUAACCUGUUCAUCACAAGACAGAGAUUGGAACGGCGUGACAUGCGGGUUGCCCUGCAAACAAGAUACGGAUAGAUUCUGUGGCGGUUUUACUGCUGCUGACGUCUAUAAAGUGUACCUUCAAGGUACUCCGAAUAUAGCAUGUAACCGCAUUAUUCCAACUGAUCAUGGACCCGAAAAAGAUAUCGAAUACAAGGGUUGUUAUGCGCAGUCGUGCAUGGAAUUUGACUUCACGUUCAAUACGACAGAUUUUGAGAAUGACCCCUCCUCUUGCAGCAGUGCAUGUCGGGAAAGCGGAUUUCCGGUUGCGUCACUCUACAACCAAUCUUUCUGCUCUUGUUCAUGUACGCAUGCGUGCACCAACUUUGUCUUGCCUGAUAAGUACUGUGGAUUGCCAUGUCCAGGGGAUUCAUUAACAGUUUGCGGUGGUUUUACAAGUGCUUCUGUAUACAGGGUUAAGACUGUAAACACAUCAUAUACUCCCUGUUCGAAACGAGACAGUUUACUCAGCGAUAAAAAUGAGCGAACGAGAGAUGUAGCCAUCUACACGAUAGUCACUUCAAUCAUAGUGAUUGCCUUCAUCAUGCUUAUUCUUUAUGUGUGGCGAAAGAGGACCAUCAAAUCGCCUAUAUCAAAGGGUAAGAGUAACUGGUACUCGAGCUUGAAAGUACGAUAUUGGGCGCAUUACCCAAAGAAGGGUCAUCGAUGCGACAUUCAGCACAACGUGGUCUCUGUGCAGGAUCAAGUGUCACCAGCUAUCUACCGUGGAUUGGAAUUUACAUCAUCAGGACAAGCAGGCCAAGCGCCACAAAGCGUCGAGAGAAAUGACUUCCCUGGUGAGAUCCGUACUGAACCGACAUGGACUGCUGAGGGUACCAACCAAAUGAAUUACGAAUCAGUUGAUACCUACCAGUAUCCUGAUCAUGUAAUAGGCAGUGGAAGCAAUACGGAAGAUACUGAUGGUCAACUGACAGGAAAUGAGUAUGACUACGUUGGCCUUAACUUUAAAGAUAUGCAAACGGAACACAGUCUGACUUCAGAAAAUCAGGUUCGGAAAAAGAUGUUACCUCUGGUUCCAACUUACGAUACUUCUAUGAACCAUUUAGCAUUAAUACAUAGUUCAGACCUCAAAGAGGAGAUUAAUCAUAGAGAAAGUGACAACAUUCAGAACUCUGAACAGUAUGGAGUAGUUGGAAAUCCAGGAAAUCUUUCAGAAACUCUUGAAGAUAAUACCUCAAACCUUUGUAAUGGCUUUCCUAAAACCUCCGUAGAGGUUUUAUAUCAAGAACCUUGUCGUGUCGACGAAAUUGUGAGCAAUGAUAGAUCUGAUGCACCUGAAGAAAUCAUAGAGCUCAAUCAAGACGAAGCCACGUCGAACAGUCGGUUUGAUGUAGGGUCAUUUCAAAAUGGCGCCUCUGAUCAAACUGUCAACCAUAGUACAAAGACCAACAAAAAGCAUUCGGUUGAUGAUGAUGAAAGACAAGAAUGUUCUGGAAUAGCUGCAAAAGAAUUCUACCCAGAAGUUCAUCACCUACAAACUCCAAUUGCGAGAGGUUCAAAACAAAGUACGUCUGGAUCAGGUAAACCGCCCAAGCCCCUACCGCCUCCUAAACGGGAUCGUAAAGCAGGUGCAGACACCAAGGGUUCAAUGCCCGACAUAUCAUCGCCUGAAUGCUUCUAUUCUGAGGCACAUUAUGGCCUGACCUCAACUGUGCCCCUCUUAAAACAUGAAAGACAACACGAUUCCCUUGAAAGCAGUCCAGUCGUAAGCCAUAUCGGCAAGGACGGAUACCUUAUCCCUAAAUCUCCCGAGGCAGAAAUCAUGUAUUAUUCUGCGUGUAUUCGAAAAAAUACCGACGAGGAAAGAGACUACCAAAAUGACGGAAAUGAAUACGAAUUGUGAACAUGCAACUACAACAGAGUCUUUGCAUAUCCACAUGGCCUGCUACCGAAGAAGGCCCCGUUUCAGGCACCCGGGCGUUGCCUACGUGUUUGGAAAAGGGGUUGAUUGCUCUCUUUUUUCAAGGAUA